UGCGCACGCGCAUACCUCUAUACUACUGGCACAUUGGAAGUAGACCACGACUGGUAACAUCUCAAUAGUGUGUCGACGGUGUUGUUAAAUGAGAUUUACUGCCUACGACGAAUUCAGCCUUUCAAGUCAAUCACCACAUUUGUGAAUAACAAAAGAUGUUUGGCUUCCACAAGCCGAAGAUGUACAGGAGUACAGACGGCUGCUGCAUAUGUCGGGCUAAGUCCUCCAGCUCUCGCUUCACCGACAGCCAGCGCUACGAGGGGGACUUCCAGAGCUGCUUUGGGCUGGGAGAGGUGCGGUGUGGGGAGAUCUGCAAUGCCUGCGUCCUCCUGGUGAAGAGAUGGAAGAAGCUUCCGGCAGGUUCCAAGAAGAACUGGAAGCAUGUCGUCGACGCCAAGGGCAGCCCUAGCGUCAAGACCAAUGUGAAAUUCAGGCAAAUGAAGAAGGUGAGGCCAAGCCAGAUCAGCCGAGUGCAGAGCGAGCUGAAGAGACACAACUCGGAUGCUCACAGCACCACCUCCAGUGCCUCACCGGCCCAGUCUCCCACCUACAGCAACCAAUCGGACGAGGGCUCGGACAGCGAACUCUCGUCUGACUCCGCCCGCUCUCCUGUCUUCUCCUUCCUGGACCUGACCUACUGGAAAAGACAGAAGGUGUGCUGCGGCAUUAUCUACACGGGCCGCCAUGGGGAGGUCCUGAUAGACCCCCACCUCUACAAGCCCUGCUGUAGAAAAAACAAGAGCGCGAGGAAGAGGAGAAUGAGGAGGAGGAGGAUGACGACGGGCAGGGUAGCGGAGAUAAAGCAGUGAUUCCACAGCUGCCUGACAGCCCCCCAUCCCCCCCGGUGGAAAAAGAGUGGGAGGGGGAACUGGGGGCAGGGGAGUGGUGAUGACAACAUUGUCACUGGCGAAGAGACAAAAAAUUCACGUGAAAGUCUACGUUUCUCUGAUACCUGCAUGAGCUCCAAAUAUGGUUGUCUUCAUGGCCUUGUUUUUUCUAUUCAAGAGCUGCUGGAACUGUGUAUUAUUCAAAUAUUUAUUUUUUGUUCUCUACCAGAAAUAAGCUAUUCGUUCCAUCUCUGUUUAACUGAAUGUACCUGACCCUCUAAAUAGCCACUAUCCAAUGCUGGAUGCCACUAAAGCUGCAUGCACAAAGUAAGACCUCUAGAACUGUACCUUUUACAUCUAGGAUUGAGCCAUAGCCUAGAGAACAGCCUUCCACUGCCUGACUUGUCCUUUCCCAGAUCCAUACACACACACUUGCUACGUCUUUUAUUUUUCUUCAUUGUUUUUUAAUCCUGAAUGUUACCGGAUGAGUGAAACCAAAAAUACCCUGAGCUUUUGUUUAGAAACAUAUGACAUAGCCUCAAGGAGGAGGAGGGGGGGAAAGCAUAAUGCAAAUUUUAAAACUGCUUAUUCUAGUUUUGUUGACUGUCAUGGCAGCUUUAAUGUGCCCAGUGUUGCAUAUGCCCUGUGUUUGUGUCUGUGGAGGGAACACACUGUUUCCUGUACACGUUUUGUGAGAAUAUAAAUAGUUUUAAUGGGAAAACUAGGGAAUCUUAUCGUAUUAACUUGUUAAAUGUGUAUUCACAAAGCACAUUCACAGCACACAAGGGGGGUUGUGUUCUCUUAAAGUCUGGUCUCGGAGCAUCUCCCGUUCUCACACGAACCUUCAUAAGCUAAAAUCAAAAACGGUCUUUAGACCUGCUCUUUCAGGAGCUUCCUAUCUCUGUCCAUGGAUCAUCUUGAUUUGUUAUCACGGCCCCGCUACACCAAACAGCAGUCAGAACUUGUGGUUCUGACCCACCAGUUCUGUGUGGGUCUGUUGCUAUUCUGUUUGCAUGAAAACUGCAUGUUGUCUCUUGGUAUAACACAGUUUUUACUUAGAUUCAUCCAUUUAAGUAAGAUACUGUAAAGUUUGAAUAUGUAUGUUUGUAUAUAGGUGAUUAAAGGAAAAGAAAAAACA